CUUAGUGGCCGAAGACAAUUGAUCAGUCACAGCCACCUCAUGAAGGUCGGAGACUUCAGUGACAGACGCCAAGUUGUGGCCAGAGAGCUGCAAGCUGUGUUCGGGUCGUCGACAAGAUCUCUUUCUGCCUGGUCAUAUGUAAGUCAGACUUAACAUUUGGCGGUGUUGAACUUAAUGCCAUGAUCAGUGCUCCAGUAAUGUAAACAGUCCAGGUCCGGCAACAGUGAGACGGCAGAAUUUACAGUCAGUAGGGCGGAAGAGCUUGCUGUCGUCUGUGAAAAGGGCAAUGCUAGACCCAUACUGAAUGUAUCUAGGCAUGUCAUUUGCGUACACCAGGAAAAGUAGUGCGCCCAAAAGGGAACCCUGUGGUUCCCCAGAUAUCACAGGUACCAGUUGCUUGGUGAUUAAAACAAUUUCUUGCCGACAAAUUAAAAAUUUCUUGCAGCCCCGCCAGUAUACCUGAUACUAAGCAAUAACAGGAAACUGAAAUGGAACCGAGACCGAGCGAGACGCCAAAAAAGAGAGUGGAAGAACUAACAAGGUGCUCGUAUGGGGUCAGUUUUCCAUUCUUUUCCAAUUGUCAGGAUAAAGGCUUCCAGUGUUUUCCUAAUGUAGCUGCACCUCUCCGU